CAAGAGGAGCAACAGCACACUGAGAGAGGAGGUACACAAAACACACAACAACAACAACAAGAGGAGCAACCGCACACUGAGAGAGGAGGUAAACAAACACACAACAACAACAAGAGGAGCAACAGCACACUGAGAGAGGAGGUAAAACAAACACACAACAACAACAACAACAAGAGGAGCAACAGCACACUGAGAGAGGAGGUAAACAAACACACAACAACAACAACAACAAGAGGAGCAACCGCACACUGAGAGAGGAGGUAAACAAACACACAACAACAACAACAACAAGAGGAGCAACAGCACACUGAGAGAGGAGGUAAACAAACACACAAUAACAACAACAAGAGGAGCAACCGCACACUGAGAGAGGAGGUAAAACAAACACACAACAACAACAACAAGAGGAGCAACAGCACACUGAGAGAGGAGGUAAACAAACACACAACAACAAGAGGAGCAACAGCACACUGAGAGAGGAGGUAAACAAACACACAACAACAACAACAAGAGGAGCAACAGCACACUGAGAGAGGAGGUAAACAAACACACAAUAACAACAACAAGAGGAGCAACAGCACACUGAGAGAGGAGGUACACACAGAUAUAAACACACAAUAACAACAGCACUCAAAACGUAUCA